CUCCUUCAACCUUCGGUUUCCCGUUCACUUACCAUGGCUUCCGCAACCGAGGACAGGAAGAGCCCAGUACCGGCCGAGGAGGAGCCCAACGCUAUCGUCACCAGGCUGGUGGCUCAAGACCCUACGCCAUGGUACAAGAAACCCAACCUGCGCAUGCUCUACAUCAUCUUCAUCCCGACAUGUCUCGGUGUAGAGAUGACUUCAGGUUUCGACUCUUCCAUGAUGAACGGUCUUCAGGCUGUUGACUCUUGGGACCAAUACUUCAACCAGCCCCGGUCUGCCCUUCUUGGAUUGAUGUCGGCCAUCUACUCGUUGGGAGCCAUCGCGGCCGUUCCUUUCGUCCCGUGGGUCACUGACAAGUGGGGUCGUCGGUUUGCCAUCUUCUUCGGUAGUGUUAUCAUGGUUAUCGGUGCCGUCAUCCAGACCGCUUCCCAGAACUUCGCCAUGUUCGUCAUUUCCCGUUUCAUCAUGGGUAUUGGUAUCGUCUUCGCCAUCGUCGCCGCUUCUUCUUUGAUUGGAGAGCUGUCGUACCCAAGAGAACGUGCCAUCAUGGGAUCCUUGUUCAACGCCUGCUGGUUCAUCGGUGCCAUUGCUGCUGCCGGAACUACCCUCGGAACUUUCAGCAUGUCCUCCACCUGGGGUUGGCGAAUUCCCUCCGUCCUCCAAGCAUUCCCCAGUCUCCUGCAAAUCAUCUUCGUCUACUUCCUCCCCGAGUCCCCUCGUUGGUUGAUCGCCAAGGGCCGUGGCAGUGAAGCGUUCGCGAUUCUUGCCAAGUACCACGCUGAGGGUGACCAUGAGUCUGAGCUCGUCAAGGCUGAAUACGUCCAGAUUGAGACGACCCUCGAGUUGGAGAAGGAGACUUCUAAGGUUGGAUGGACUGAUUUGUUGAAGACUGCUGGUAUGAGAAGGCGUUUGAUUAUUGGUGCUUUCCUUGGUCUUGCCACGCAGUGGAGUGGAAAUGGUUUGAUUUCGUACUUCUUGGCUCGUAUCCUCGACAAUGUUGGUAUCACCGACAACCGCACCAAGAAUAUUGUCAACUUGGCGAAUACGUGCUGGGGUUUCUUCAACGCGACUAUCCUUGCUCUCACCGUUUCUCGAUUCCCUCGUCGAGUUAUGUAUUUGGUCUGCACCAUCUCCCUGUUGUUGGUGUUCACCGGUUGGACGGUGGCUAGUGCCCGAUAUGCCCUGACUGAAGACCAAGCUUCGUCCAAGGCUGUCAUUGCAUUCAUUUUCUUGUAUAGCCCUUGCUAUAACAUUGCUUUCAAUGCUUUGACGUACACUUUCCUCGUCGAGUUGUUCCCCUUCCACGUCCGAGCCAAGGGUAUCACCAUCUUCCAGAUCUUCAGUCGAUGUGCUGGAUUCUUCAAUCAGUUUGUUAACCCUAUUGGUAUUGAGAACGUUGGCUGGUAUUUCUACCUCAGCUAUGUCGGCUUUUUGUUGUUUGAAGUGUUGUUCAUCUUCUUCAUGUUCCCUGAGACGCAUGGGAAGACGUUGGAGGAGUUGGCAUUCUUGUUCGAGAAGGAUGAGAUUAAGAAGCAGAAUGAGUUGGUUGAGAAGACUAUGCAGAAUGAGCAGGUUGUUGAAGGGAAGGAUGAGGAGUCGAAGAAGAUGUGA